AUGGACGAGAGCCGACGGCCGUUCGUCGUCGUGCGCGUGCAGCCGCCCCAGGACGAAGCCGAGAAGGGCCUUGGCGUCGUUGGCAACGGUGUCACGUGGAUCCACCAUGCAGAGGAGCGCGAAUUCCGGUUCGGUGACGUCGUCGCCCCGGCCGCGCUGCCGGACGUUCUGACCGAGCGUGUGAUCAACACGCUACGGCAGGGCCGCCACGCCACCGUCCUUUCACUAGGCCAGCGUGAAUCUGGCAAAACGACAGCCUUGUUGGACGCGGACGUGGGGCUCGUUCAUCAUGUGGCACGAAGUCUCUUCGCCUUGGAUGUCACCGUGCGCAUGAGCUUCCUCGACGUGUACGCGGACAAGGCCAUGGACAUGCUCAAGGGCAAGUCGACCAAGUGCCGACCGCUCUACCACCGCUCUAUCGGCGCCUAUGCGAGCGACCUCACGCGGCUCCAAGUAUCGUCCUAUGACGCCUUUGAGAAAACGCUAGCACAGGCACUGCGUGCGCUCGCGAUCGACUGCAUCGUCGAGAACCGAGUUCACGGCGUGUCGUGCCGUAUCCUCUCGCUCUAUAUCGAGCACCCGCCGCACGGGCUCUGGACACGUCUGGACUUUGUCGAUAUGCCGGCGUCGGCGCCGCGCCACCACACGCAAGCCGAGACGGACCUGGGUCAUAUCAUGGAACAGGGGUAUCGGCAAUUGCACGUGUGCUGGAAGCAGCUCGCGGACGGCGACGAUCCUGCGACGAUUCCAUAUGGGUUGACGGCGACGUCGAUGCUCCUGCAGCAUAUGCUUGGCAGCAUGGCCGACGCAUUUGUGAUCGCCAACGUCGUGCAGUCGGCGCUCCAGAACGAGGAAAACCUCUUGACGCUGCGGCACGCAACGUUGCUGCAAGCGAUUCCGUCGCGCGUGCCGUCGACGCCAUCGACCAUUUGCAGUCUCUUGGGCGACAUGGACGAAGACCUCUUGGCGCUACGCGACCGCAUCACGUGGUUGAAAGCCAAGUUGCAGCUCAACGACGCGGGGCCGGCCGCGAGCGCAGCACUCGAGCAAGAGCUCCAGGCCAAGCGUCAAGCCACGCGGCACAUCGAGUCUCUUCGCGCCGACUUUCACAAGGAAGCGAUCGAGUACCACCAGGACGCACUCAAGUUUCAGUGUGGUGUCGAGAGUCUCAGCAUCAGCCUCGGCACGUCGCUCCUCGAGCACGAUAGUUUGAACGUCUACCUCGUGCGACUCCACGAAGAGCGCCUCUUUAGCUCUUGGUUUCGCUUCAACAUCGCGGCCAACGACGUCCUCGCGGGCCGCCUCGCGUCGUCCCAGACACCGCCGGACAAGUACCCUGGUAUCGUUCUCUUUGGGGGUGGCGCCAUGGUGCGCCACUGCCGCUUCCAAAUGCCAACGCCGCCCAACGUCGAGCUGCUGCCGGACGAGGGCAUCUGUCUCCUCAACGGCGCCGACGUCUCGGAGCGCACAACGCUGCGGCACGGCGAUGCGCUCACGCUCGGGCGUCGCAACGUCUUUCGCGUCUUCAUUCCCCGCGUCCAUGCACUCGAGCCGCUCGACUUGAGUCACUUUUACAACCGGGAGAGUGUCGUGCGCGCGUAUGCGACCACCAUGGACUUGGGGCCUGGCUGCGCCGAGCGCCACUGCCACGACGCGCUCACUCGGAUCGUCGACCGCAUCGUGACCAUUCGCGCCAUGCACCGCGACGGCAUGCGCUCCGGCGACGUUCCCGACUCGGAGGCCAUGGACAUCCACGACAUCUACCUCCAAAAAGGAGCAGCGCUGGACGCGAGCGCCAUGACCACCGAGAUGCGCCUCGCGACCAUUCGGCGGCUCUCGCAGAGUGCGAUCGACGAGAUGAACAUUUUGGAAAAUCGCAUCGCCACGGGGUAUGCGAUGCCGCUCCUCGACUACGUGGACGAAGCCAACGUCAUGAGCAAGGAGGUGAACGAGCCCUUGAUCGUCCGUGCCGUGCCCAUCAUCCAGCACAUGGUCACCCACGACGACGAGGCGCCCAUCGAUCGAGCCCAACUCCAAACCGACCUGUGGAUCGUCUUUCAGAACCGCGAACGUCCCCGCCAACGCAUGAUCAUGCGGCCGCAGGACUUUUUCCUCCGGCUCGCGCUCCUUCGGUCGUACCACAGCGAGGUGCAGCUGCUCCAUUCGUCCAAAGCACGGAAUCCGUUUGUCGUCGACGACGGCGUCGAAGAGCUCAUUGGGGUCGCGCCCGUGUACAUGGGCCGUCUUGCCUACUACCUGGACGUGGACGAAGCCGUCCCGAUCGUCAACCGGACCGGUAGCAUCACGGGCCACCUCGUCGUGAGCGUCCAGCCGUACGUUGAAGAAAAGGUGUACGACGCCGUGGCGCGGCGCGAGGUGGUGCGCUACACGCACUUUGCCGACAUGGACAUUGACAAGGACAAUGAGCUCGCGACAGCCGUCGGGAUGCAGACGCACGUCGAGUUUCACGUGACGGUCCGCGGCGCGCGGGGGCUGCCCUCGGCGCUCAACAGCAACGUAUUUGUCGAGUACAGUUUUUUCGACGACGAGCGACCACGCGCGACCGAGCCAAGCCCGACCAAGUCGAGCCACCCGGUGAUCCAAGAAACGUUUGUGCACCGCGUGCUUGUGACAGACAAGCUCGUGCACUACCUCCUCCAUGGCGCCGUGACCUUCCAGGUGUAUGGCUACCGCGGCGACCACAUCCACCUCCGCGACGCGCCAGAUCGGGCCUACUGGUGUGACUUGGAGACCAAGUCGCUCAGUGCCACGAUCCACGCCCUCGAACGCAAGGUGGAUGGGCUCCAAACCCAGCUGCGACUCGCGCAAACAUGGUCCGACGUCCCAUCCCCCGCCGACGCCUCCUCUAUACUGCACGAAGCAAAGGUGACAGUGGAAGAUACGAUGACGGAAGAGGCGCCGCCGACGAACGGCGCCAAAGGAACGAGCGAGGAGGAUCGGGAUCGAACCCGCUUGGCGCACGCAACGUCGUGGCGCGGUUCGAUCAGCAAGCGGACGAGCGUCGUCGGCCGUGUGCUGCGCGCCAAGUCCAUCAGCAGCGUGCUCUCGGCGCAACGAUCAGGCGUCUGUGCCGUGCAGUAG